AUGGCUAAUUUUGCUGAUUCUACGCGGGCUUUUGUCGAAUGGUUACAAGGUCCAGCUGAAAUUGUGCUUUCUCCAAAGAUCAAAGUAGAUGAUUUGCGUGAGGUGAACCAGGGCAGAUGUGUUAUUGCAAUUGAAGACAUAGAGAAGGAUGAAAUUCUGUUUGAGGUUCCAAGGACCACGAUGCUGAAUGUCGAAAACUGCGAGCUGAGCAAGCGUUAUCCUGAGAUCAAGAAUCACUUGGUGGAGAGCGUAGGCCAAUGGGAGGGUCUGAUUAUUGCAUUGCUGUUUGAAUGGAAAGUUGUAGGAGAGAAGAGCAAAUGGUGGCCGUAUUUACAAGUGCUUCCAAAGAAGACUGAUAUGAAUCAGUUGAUAUAUUGGGCUGACGACGAAUUGGAGCUACUGAAGCCCAGUUUGAUCUUGGAAAGAGUUGGUGCAGAUAAAGCAAAAGAGAUGUUCGAAAACGUCGUUGAUAUAAUAAACAAGUCCACAUUAAAAGAAAAAGACAGCUAUAUAUUGAAGGUUACUUGGGAGAAUUUUCUUCUUGUUGCGAGCAUAAUCAUGUCAUACUCUUUUGAUGUCCAAGAUUAUGUAGAGGAGAAGGAGGGCGGAACUGACGAGGAAGAGGACGACAACGAGUCUGAGAACGUUAGAUCUUUGAAAUGCAUGAUUCCCCUAGCAGAUACUUUAAAUUCAAACACCCACAAAUGUAAUGCCCAUUUGAUUCACGGUAGCAAUCUGCUAGAGAUGAGGAGUAUUAAGGCAAUCAAGAAAGGUGAACAAAUUUAUAACAUUUAUGGCGAUCACCCUAACUCCGAGAUACUAAGACGGUACGGUUACAUUGAACCCGACGGUUCAAAGUUUGACUUUGGAGAGAUCCCCAUGGAGACGUUUAUCAAAAUAUUCAUGGAAAAGUACCCAGAUACCAAGGCUGAAGAGCUACUAGUAAACGUUUCAAACUUGCUUCAAACGGAUCCAUCGCUGCUGGAAAUCUUGGAAUACGAAGAUGUGACAUUUGAAUCUUGUGAAUGCUACGCAGAUGGCGAUAUUCCUGACGAGUUCGUACUCACCAUUCAAAUACUGACAGUCAUGCUUCAGUUACCAGGCCGCGGUCGGAUGAGUUCCGACGAAGUAUCAAGACAACUACGCAGGGUCACCAAAAAAUGCUUGCAACUGCUGCAAGCAGGUAAGAUAACGGACCAAUGUAACAGCAUCUGGCAGAUGACUAUCAAAGAGCGUCAAAGUCAAUACCCGGAAUACGCAGCAACGAGUCCCGACAUCUCUCAAUUGGAAAGCACGAGAGAAACUUCCGUGUCAAGAAAGCUUAUGGCUCAUAUUGUACUACACGGUGAGGUUAAAGCACUCAAGAGUUGCUCAUCCAGAUUACCUGAGAAGUAUGCAAUAGUACCCGAUACGAAGCUCUUGAACAACAUUUCCAAAAGAAAGUCUGAAGAUGAGGGUGCAAAAGGGCGGCAAAAGAAACGUAGACAUUAG